UACUAAAAAAUUUGACCGGCCGGUCGACCAGUCACGUCACGUCGGGAGAUUUACUCCAUGCAUGGAGCUAUUGUCGAUGUCAUGACUCUCCGCAAAAACUGAAAUCAGAGAUUUAUUUCAUCAUAUUAUGUGAGGGUUUUUACGUAACCAGGGAUUACUGGAGGGCACACACGGAUUGCAAGCAUUUGGGAAGGAACUGUGGACGGGGUAGGAGUGCAUGAAAUAUCGUUUUCUGCGGACUUCAUUGUCUCACCGGACACGCCGGAGCCGGGAGCACUUUCACCGGCGAGGGUGUGCGUGUUGAAUAUUGGCGCAACAUUGCCGUCUGACACUCGGUACAUUUUCAGUUGUCGGUGAAACACGUACAGCACUGGCACGAAUAUUUGCUUCAAGAAACGGAUAAAUAAAACAUCCUUCCCUUCAGUCCAGGCUCCAGGUCCGGAAGAGAAAUCUGGUAGAGGCUUUGGAGAACAACAUAUUGAACGUCGGCUGCCCUGAAAUCUAACCAUGGCGGUUGAUGAGGACGAUCCAUCGCCUAACGGAGCCAUCAACAAUGACAAUCAAGCAGAAGAAGUCUCGGACGAGAAGACAGAGGAUCAAGAAAAAGAUCUAAAUCCACCAGUACCAGAGAAUGGCAAUGUGCCAAAGCCAACACAUGAGGAUGAAAACGUGGUGGAUGAUGCUGUAGUUGCCAAGGAUACGGAAAUCGAGAUGAAGGAGGCGGUGGAAGGCUAUGAGGAGAUGGAGGGACGAGUGGUGGAGGUGGAAAUGAAGACCAGACAAGUCAGCUCGCUCCAGCUGUUCCGGUUUGCCGGUCCCUUUGAGAUCUUGCUCAUCGUCCUCGCCAUCGUCUUGUCGUUUGCCCAGGGCAUAGCCCUUCCAUUGGUCCUCUUCUUCUUCGGCAGGGUGACCGACUCGUUCAUCGAUGUCGGCCAACAGACAUACGCUAUGAACCAGAACCGAACUGCGGGAUCAGCUGACUGCCCGUUCUUUGACGUUUCCAUCAUCGUCAACUUCUCCGGCUACUACGCCAUUCUGGGCGGCAUUAUCAUGGUAGUGGCCUACCUGCAGAACAUGCUGUGGAACCUGUCGGCCGAGCGUCAGAUCCACAAGAUCCGGCUCCGGUUCUAUCAGGCCAUCGUCCGGCAGGAGAUUGCGUGGUUCGACACCCACAAGGCCGGCGAGCUGACCACUCGAGUGUCAGAGGACGUUGACAAAAUCCGGAACGGAUUCGGCGACAAGCUUGGCCUGCUGUUGCAGUACAUGGGGACCUGCGUUGGAGGCAUCGCGUUAGGAUUCACCAAAUCCUGGAAGCUGACGCUCGUCAUCUUGGCUGUUGCCAUUGUCAUCAUGGUGCCUUCCAUUGCUCUCGGUGUCAGGCUGAUUCGAAAGCUGGCCCAGAAUGCUUUGAAUGCUUACGCUAAGGCCGGAGCCAUCGCGGAAGAAAUUCUGUCAUCCAUCAGAACAGUGGCAGCAUUCGGGGGUGAAAAGAAAGGACUGGACAGGUACACCGAAAAACUGCAUGGUGCUAAGAAGCAAUCGAUGAAAAAAGACACCGUACAAGCGGGACUGAUCGGUGUGUUUUACUUCAACUUCUACGGCACGUACGCCUUAGCUUUCUGGUAUGGUUCAACUCUGUUCCUUUCUGGUGAACUGAGCCCGGGAGAUAUCAUUGUGUGUUUUCUUGGGAUCCUGUUCGGUGCCUUCUCCCUCGGCCAGGGAACGCCCUACAUCACUGACUUCAUCACAGCCAGGGGAGCGGCAAGCACCAUCUGGGAGAUUAUUGACCAGGUUCCGGAUAUAGACAAUUCAUCAGAUCUGGGUCUGAAACCAGACUCACUGACGGGGGACAUCACGUUUGAGAAUGUCCACUUCUGCUACCCGUCCAGACCUGACACAACGGUCCUGAAUGGUUUGAACCUAGAGGUCAAGCGAGGUCAAACCGUAGCAUUGGUCGGAAGCAGUGGAUGUGGCAAGAGCACCACAGUGCAGCUUGUCCAGCGAUUCUACGACCCUCUCUCAGGAUGUGUCAAGCUUGACGGUAACGACCUUCGCGACCUCAACGUCCGGUGGUUGCGGGAGCACAUCGGCGUGGUCAGCCAGGAGCCGGUGCUGUUCGCCACGACCAUCGCGGAAAACAUCCGCUACGGUCGGACGGACGCGACAGACGAGGACAUCAAAGCGGCUGCGAUUGAGGCUAACGCUCACGACUUCAUCUCUGAACUUCCAGAGGGAUAUGAGACUUUGGUCGGCGAUCGCGGAGCCCAGCUCUCCGGCGGCCAGAAGCAGCGUGUGGCCAUCGCGAGGGCGCUAGUCCGUAACCCCAAGAUCCUCCUGCUGGACGAGGCAACCUCAGCCCUGGACACCGAGAGUGAGGCCACGGUCCAAGCCGCACUGGACAAGGUUCAAGCCGGACGCACCACCAUCGUCAUAGCUCACCGCCUCUCCACCAUCCAGAACGCCGACGUGAUUUGCAGCUUCCGAGGCGGGGUUAUCGCGGAGAAGGGUUCCCACGAUUCCUUGAUGCAGGACAAGGAGGGGUUGUACGCCAUGCUGGUGCAGCUGCAGUCCCGCAAGGAGCAGAAGACUGAAGAAGACGAAGACAAGAAACAGGAGGAGAACGUCGACGACAAUGAUGAUGAUGACGAAGAUGAAGAAAAAGACCGCCUAAGUGAGGAGGAAUUUGACCCAAUACCAGGGUCCAAGGAAGCCCAGAAUGUAGAGAAGGAACCACUGUCUAGUCCUGGCUCUCGAAAUCGGAACAUUUCUGGCUCAAGCGACAAAAACCCAGACUUCAACCGCAUGGUGUCGACACAUUCCGCUUUCUCAGAUGUUCCAGAUUCCGAGGAUGAUGAAGAGGACGUUGUGAAGAAUUUCAGUUUCUUGCGAGUCAUGAAGCUGAAUUCGCCCGAGCUGGCCUACAUGAUCAUCGGGGUGAUCUGCUCCGCUUUCAGCGGUGGGGUGCAACCGGCGUUCGCUGUUAUCUUCAGUCGUGUUCUCCAGACUUUCGCUUUGCCGUUGGAUCAAGUGAGAGCCCAAGUUGUGAUCUACUGCAUCCUCCUGUUCAGCCUUGGUGUUCUUGCGCUGAUUGCCAAUGUAUUAGGGGGCGUGUCGCUAGGCAAGUCGGGCGGGAACCUGACAAUGCGACUGCGGGGCAUGAUGUUCAAGGCAAUGCUUCGACAGGAUAUCGGCUGGUACGACGACCACAAGAACAGUAGCGGAGCACUGACCACCAGGCUGUCCACGGAAGUUUCGCUGAUUCAGGGGGUGACCGGUGACCGGUUCGGCUUCAUCGCCCAGGCCUUCUUCAACAUCGGCGUGGCCGUCAUCAUUGCGUUCAUCUUCGGCUGGCAGCUGACGUUACUUGUACUGGCCUUCCUCCCUAUGAUUGCCUUCUCGGGCCUCAUCCAGACCCGGUUCCAACGGGGUAUGGCUGCCACCAAGAAAUCCAGCAACGAGAACAUUGGCAAGAUCGUCACGGAAACCAUUGAAAACAUUCGCACAGUCGCCAGCUUGACAAUCGAGCCUGCCUUCAUCCAGAAAUAUACUGAAUUUAUGGCCAAACCGUACAGGGACAGCCAACGGGACGCCCAUCUCUCCGGUCUCACCUACUGCAUUUCGCAGUGCGUCAUUUUCUUUGCCUACGCCGCGGCGUUCAGACUCGGCGGUUGGCUGGUCCAAACGUGCCGCAUGGAAUUCCAAAACGUCUUCUUAGUAUUCUCGGCCAUUAUCUUCGGUGGUUUCGGCCUGGGUCGUGCCAUGGCCUCGGCACCAGACUACAACAAGGCCAAGACGGCCGCCGCCUUCAUGUUCCGUCUGAUCGACAGAAUCCCGCCGAUCGACAGCUACAGUGAAAAAGGCCUGAAACCAGCGGAGUUUCACCCAGAGGUUUCCUACGAUAAGGUGCGAUUCCGCUACCCGACUCGGCCCGAUGUAGCCGUCCUUCGCGGCCUGUCGGUCUCCGUCAAGCCUGGGGAGACCUUAGCGCUUGUUGGCAGUAGCGGUUGUGGGAAGAGCACCACCGUUUCCAUAUUCGAGCGUUUCUAUAAUCCCAGAGCUGGACAAGUGAGCUUAGACAACAACGACAUCAAGAUCCUGAACGUGAGCUGGCUGCGCUCCCAGAUCGGCCUCGUCUCCCAGGAGCCGGUCCUCUUUGACCUGAGCGUGGCCGACAACAUCGCCUACGGGGACAACACCCGGGAGGUCACGACGUCAGAGAUCAUUGAUGCGGCCAAGAAGGCCAACAUCCAUGACUUCAUCGCGUCUCUGCCCGAGGGUUACGAGACCCGAGUUGGGGACAAGGGUACCCAGCUGUCCGGCGGCCAGAAGCAGCGCGUGGCCAUCGCGAGGGCGCUAGUCCGCAACCCCAAGAUCCUCCUGCUGGACGAGGCCACCUCGGCCCUGGACUCUGAAAGUGAACAGGUGGUGCAAGCGGCUUUGGAUGAGGCCAAGAAGGGACGGACCUGCAUCACCAUUGCCCAUCGGCUGUCCACCAUCCACGAUGCCGAGAAAAUCGCGGUUAUCCGACACGGGAAAGUGGCCGAGAUCGGCCGACAUGAAGACCUGAUGCAACUACAGGGCCAGUACUACAGCCUGUACACCGCCCAGGACAUGCAAAACUGAACUGCUGUGGUGCACAGCGGGAGUCUUGGUACUAGAUCUAGGCAACCAAAUACAGCCGAGGUUUUUGAAACUCCGGCAUUUGUUACAGCCCUGGCUUCCUCUCUCGUUUCAGAGUCAUUGAGAAGCCUUUAAUGUCCAUUUGGUUAAUAAGAGAACUUUCAUAGUUAAGCCAAAGCCAGAAACAAGACAGAGUUUCAAAAACACUACUCUGAAAGCAUGGGACUCUCAGUUCUGAGUAUUGAGUACAAAAAAUGCAAGAAAGCAGACUGGUGCAUUUUGAAAAAAUUCCAUUCACUGCCACCUCAGUUAAUGCAGUGGUCUAGGUCCCAGACUGGAUUUAUCAGAAACGUCUGGAACCAAGUCUUCUAUUCCAUUUAUUCCUCCACAGUCAAGCCACCAGACUACAUGCAUAGUCCGAUUUUUGAAAAGUUAGACAAUGUGCCUCUCUCAUUAACUUAAAAUUUCAAAAAUGCAAAUCGCGAUCAGAAUCAAUUUCAAAUCAUUUGGAAUACCUUCCAAAUACUGACCCGGACUUAUCAGAAACGUCUGGUACCAAGUCUCCUUUUCCAUACAUUCCCUCCACAGGCAAGCCACCAGACUACAUGAAUGGUCCGACUUUUGAAAAGUUAGACAAUGUGCCUCUCUCAUUAACUUAAAAUUUCAAAAAUGCAAAUCGCGAUCAGAAUCAAGUUGAAAUCAUUUGGAAUACCUUCCAAAUACUGACCCGGAAAAUGAUUUUUAAAAAAGGUGAUUUUUAUUUGUUUCUGUGGAGCUGUAAAUUUAUGGAACAAUUUAAUGCAAAAUAAAUUGUCUUGUAAAUAUACAGGUCGUGUAUAUGUGCUAAAAUGUGAACUGAAUUUUCAAAAUGUCAAGGGUAAUAUUUGUGAAUUUCGAUAAAAUAAUGCAAUCAUUUUUAAUUACCAAUAUCAAGAUAUUGUAGUUAUUGUUUAGUUGUGCCUUUGCUGUUUUAAUAUUCUUCUCAGUCGGUGAAACGGGAGGUUUGCACAAAUCCACAUGUCACAACAAAAUUGUAAAUUUAUUUUGUAGUUAUGCCUCAGCAUUUUGAUAGAUUUAUUUUAUACGUUAACCCCAACUGAAGAGAACCAUAUAUAUUUUUUGUUUUGUAUUUGUUUUGUUUUAUGUUAUUUUGGGUAUUUAUUAGUUCAGUUUGGUCUGAAAAGCUACUGUAAUACUUAUACUUUCUUGAAUUUUAUGUUUACUUUGGGAUACCGGCUACUUACAUUUUCUUGUGCAAUGGUGUACUUUAUUAUUCUUGUCUCUACUUAAAGCUGUGCAAUUUACGCGAGAAAGCACCUACUAAUCUACCAAUGUAAUGACCGAAACCUUGAAGUGAAAAUAAGUUCUCUCUGUUCUCGGGUCGCCGAUUACGAACGCCCAAGUGUGUGUGGAGUGCAGCUGUGUGAAAAUUCGAGAUGACACUGAGCUGUCGUAUUAAAACGCCAAAUAAAAAGAGGAGAAAACUAAUGGCUUUCGAAGAUAAUUUAAAUCACGGAGCAGCGAUAAAAAACAUUGGCAAAGACAAGCCCACUCUAUGUUCACGUACGGUUCUAUUUUUUAUCAUUAAGUGCUUUAAAUUUUAUGCACAAAAAAUUUGAAGCGCAAUUUCCGUUAGGGGCCCAAGUCCGCCAUCUUUGUUCUGGACAUUCUUCAUCUACUCCCUGAUAAGUGGGGAUUGAAAACCCUGUGUGAACACUCAAUUUUAUCGACUGAACGAUAAAAUAUCUUACACGCAGCACGAAUGGGUUUUAUGUUUAAUGAUUUAUUGGAGAUCAUGAAUAAUGAAUUGUUGAGCAGAUUGGCUAGCCCAGCAGCAACGUGGUUAGACAGAGGCAAGGUGUGGGCUGUUGUCACGUGGAGAAGACCACUUCGUUGCAGUAACUGAAUGUGCGGCAAAUCCAAUAUAUUGGUUAAUGAUGUUUUGAUUGUACAUGUAUUCGUGUCUGAGUGUAACGCUCGCAUGUUAGUUCUCGUCAUUCUAAACCUUGUUCUCGUAUUUAUUCAACACGAGAACGGGGUUUCCAUUACGCCCUAUGACUGGCACCAAGUAUGAUAUUAUCCCGCCUGAAAUGGUGGCGUUAAAUAUUAACAUUGAAGAUAAAUUCAGAAAAGUUGCCCGCAGGCACACUUUUUUCAUUGAGUUAGGAAUAGAAUCCAGUUGCGGGCCCCAAAUUUAUUUUGCAAAAGAAACAAAUGCUCUUUUGUUGAAAAAGAAAAGAAAAGAAAGUACUUGUCACAAAAUGUAUUCAGGGUUUUGUCCUCGGUGCUAGUCAUUAAGAAAAAAAAGGUUUACUAAGUUUGAAGUUUUAACUGAGAUAAACAUUUUUCAGGUGAACAGGGUUUAACCACAAACCAGAUUCGAGUGAGCAAAACCCAUAAAUCAAAGUCUGGUGUCUGUGAUCAUGUUGAUGUUAACAUGACUUUGAACCAUGUGCCUCAGGGAACCAUACCAAGAUGGCUGGCCUAACUGAGAAAUUUCGAACUGGAUGGAGGAAAUCUCAUUGUCUCUUACACCCACCCUUUUUUCUUUUACUAUUUUAAGAUGCAGUAAAAUGUCUUAGCCGUUCAUUCUUCAUUGCAGUAUUACUGUCCUGAAAUUGUGUGAGUAAUUUUUGUUUUUAAGAAGACUGAGCUUUCAAAUUUGCUUCAUUACUUGCACAACUGAAGUCUGUUAUUUACUUCAUCAAAUCUUUCUAUUUUUCUGUUCAAAGUUGGCUUAUUUUUUGUUUAUUUAUUAGUCAUUUACGUUUUUGUGUUCUUUUUUUCCUUUGGAAGGGAAGAUGUUUGUAAAUAUAUGACAAAGUUUACAACAGUAGAAGUUAAACUUUGCUCAUUUUGGUGCAGUUUUUCACAAUUAACUAUUUCAUCAACCUAAGUCUCUAAUAACCAAUGAUUUAUUAAUUUGCAAGCCGUUUAGUUCACAUUUCUUUCUUAAUUUUCCUGUUUAUUUAACCCCUGGAAUAAUUCUUCCAAAACUGCACACAUGACUCAAUAAAUGAUCACAAAGGCAAAAGCA